GUCGCUCAAAGAAACCUAAGACAUAAGACUCGUUCACUCACUCGCUUCUGAGAAUGUCUCGUCGUCACUCCGAUUCCAAGCGACGCCAUUCCAGAUUCGAUCCACAACCCAGCCCGAAGAGAUAUAGGAGGGAUGCAUAUGGAAAAGAAGAGAAAGAGAGAGUGGCAAACGGCGCUAAUGUUCGAAAUGGAGACCACCGGCGGCUGAAUCAAGAUGAACCUCCUUCGGCUAAGCAAAGAUGUGCCUCUCUUCACAGUAAACCAAAUGAUCAGCAAGCACCUCAUCCCACUCAACACGAGAAACGAGGUAGCACUGGGCAGGUUGGCCAAAGCUCGGGUCAAAGUAAAGCAGGUGAGCGUGGAUGGUGGAAGGACGCAAGAAAGCAACUUAAUGAAAGGGCAGAGACAAGUCACCGUAGAGAACAGAGAGAUGGUAAAUCACAGGCUAAACUAGAUAAUAAUACUUUCCAGAGAAGAGAUGAUUUUUCUGAAAGGAAAGAUGAUCCACUUCCUACCUCAAGGAAAAGACCUGCAUUUAGGGAGAAGAGGAUUCCAGUGGAAUCAGGAGAUCCUAAUCUGGUUGCAGCAGUGGCGAUAAAUUCGAGUGAAAUUGACCACCCUGCAGGAAGGAAUGACAGGAAGAAGGAGGAAAGAAGCAACAACCCACACCAUUUGGGUAGACCUGAGAAGCCUUUUGCGGAUGACAGAGCACCUAACAAGGUUGGAGCUAGGAGAGAUGGGUUUCCAUCAAGAGGAAGAAGGUAUGGGGGCAAUGACAGUUACAGGGGAAGAGAUAAAUUUAAUGGAAGACAAGAUAAGAUUCAAACUGAGAAGUGGAAGCAUGAUUUGUAUCAAGAGGUAAGUAAGGAUCCCAUUCCGCAGAAUGAGGAUGACCAGAUUGCAAAGCUGGAAGCACUCUUGGCAUCAUAAUAGCAACCAGCAGGUAAUAUUUCUGAGAUCUUAAAUUGUGCCUAUCAACUUAUAGAUUAUGGGACAAUUCCCACAUACGCUUUAGGUGUGUAAUUUGUUAGCAUGUGUUGCUGUAAGCUGCUGAGUCUGUCUCCGUAUCAAGUUAUUGCCAUCUUCAAGAUGCCAGGGAUGUUAAGCACAACAACUGCCAGUUUUUAGAAUCUAUCUGGAUUCAAUCCUCGAUGUCUGAGACAGACAAGCUUUGAAAGUGAAAUUACAUUGGCUUUACGAAGAGAAAAUUGCUAUUUUGAAAUGCUCGAGUUUUCCUCAACUACCUUUUUGCUUGUUUUAGGUAGUUUGCAGGUUUGUCAAUGCCUAAGAUUUGUAUUUUGGUCUAUUUAUGUGUACCCUCAACACUCACGCCUCGCGCGAGCUACCACCGGAGCAAGAUUGGGACACCGUGCCCGAAAUGCCGACCACCACUGUUCUUGUCGUUGUGCAUCCACCACUGUUCUUGUCGUUGUGCAUCGUAGCACCAUCAGCAGCAACAUCUGGCACCUCCACUCCUUACUGUCACCAAAGUUGUUAUGGGCAUUGAUCUGAUGUAUUUGACUUCUUCUCUGUGAAUAGACUUACUCUCUUGUAAUUCUGAAAGGAAUAGACUUACUCAAUAAAAUUUAGUCUCUGUGAAUCA